AUGUUUUUAGAAAGAACUGCAACUAACAAUAGCAAUCGGUUAGACGAUAAACCAAGCAAAAAAGAAAAAAGGACAAUUUCGAAAAUAGCGUCGAAAAGUAAAAAAGUUUAUCAUUUUUUGAAAAAAGCUUUCAAAGGAAAAAAACCAAACAUUAUAGUAGAAAAUUGUGCCACUGCUGUUACUAAUGAUGAUGCAAAUGUGAAUACUAGCGAUGACGACAAUACUAAAGUUAGCAAAACUAUUGAAACAUCCAACAGAACUUUUACUGAUACUGCUGUUACUACUAAUACCACCCCUACUACUACUAGUAAUGAUACUACUAAUAAAGAUAUUACCAAUAAUGAUACUACUAAUAAAGAUACUACUGGUAAAGAUGCUACCAAUAAAGAUACCACUGGUAAAGAUACUACCAAUAAAGAUUUUACUGGCAAAGAUACUACUACUGCUACUACUACUACUAGUAGUAGUAGUAAGGUAGUUGCCUUGAAACGGUCAAUUUCUUCAUUAAUAAAACGUCCAAGAAAAAACUCUCAUGACUUGACAGCAAUCCAACAACUCAUUCAACAACGAGCAUCAACAACACUCAAAUUCAUAGAUGACCAACCAGAAGAAGAAGAAGAAUCACAGUCAACAACUCCAAUAAUAGAUUUAAACACACGUCUACUACAACAAUCGAUCAAAAUACUCGCUGAAAUAGAGACAGAAAUUUCACAGCCACACAUCACAUCACUUGAAAAACUCGACCGACAAACUUCGGAUAUCAAUGAACAAAUUAACGGUGAGGACGACAGCAAAGUAAAACUAUCCGAGUAUGAUGUGGCGUGGAUUGCAAUGAUACCAGACCAGAAAUAUAAACAAUCACAAUUACCAAGAGAUUUUAAAUUGGCUUUUCCGGAAUGUUUUUUGUGGUUAUUGAAAUUUCAGGAUACGCGAGGAAGCUGGACAAAAGUUGGUACAAAGAGUAUAGCACCGUCACUUUCGGCGCUUUUGGCUCUUGGAUUAUUCAGAGCUCGCGCGGGACAAUAUUUUAAAGAAAAGUUAUCAGAUUUGGGUGCAUGCAUAGAAGAUUUCAAUCGUGUGUUUUCCAAAGGAGAAACAUUUUUGCGAGAAAAUCUUAAUAAAUGGAGUAUUGACGAACACAAAACCGCCACCACCACACCCAUUGAAAUGAUCGUAUCCUUUCACCUCAAAGAACUUGAGAAAUUCACUCCACCAAUCACAUUCGACUUUCCAGCAAAAGAACGACUUAGUGACUACCAAAAACGAAUGAAUAAAAUACCAGCCGACGAAAUUUUCUCGUUAGCUUCUCGUAAAUCGUCCGGUGAAAUGAUUCAUCCACUUGAAAUAUUAGUUAGUGCAAUGAACAUUUCUGACGUUCAGGAUCCUUGUUUUUAUUCGUUACACGGGUCAUCGCCGGCGGUUACAGCUGCAGUUUUGAUCUCCGACUCGGAAUGGAAUAACGACGCGUACAAAUUUCUUCGAAAAUUGAUUUCUAGUUGGCGAAAAUCGGAUAUGUAUUCAAAUCAGAAAGCUAAAUCUCCGACAAACCCUGAUUUUGAGUCUUGCUGGAUCGUUGAAUGCGUUGGUGAAUUGAUCUUUAAUGCUAGUUCCACUGCAUCUACUUCUGCAGAAAAUCCACAUUUGGAAGAAGUAGAGGAUAGAUUUGAACACUUGUUGGAUUACAUUAGAAAUAAAAUUGAAGAGCAAAAAGGAUUAUAUCAAUUCAAAAGUUUUGAUAAUAAGACGACCGCCGACAUUAAUCACACAGCUCUUGCAUUACACCUUUUGGCUCAAUAUGACUCAGAGAAUCGAAUAAACGUGGAGAAUUUCAUCCAAUUUUUUUGGACUGGUGAAUAUUUCAACAUUUUACCACGUGAACGAACUCAUUCAUCUAUCAACAAUAUUCACGCGCUGAAUGUAUUAUUGACCGAGCGUGACAAUGCCAAAAGAAGGAAGGAAUAUCCAAUCAUGGUAGAAAGUGAAACCGUCAAUGGAAAAGUGGCAACCUUGAAUCUCGAUUAUAUUAUUCAAAUCACGAUCGAAUUCAUCCAAUCGAAAAGAACCGAAAAUUUCGUAUGGACAGAUGAGUGGCAUUCAACACCUUGGUACACAACAUUAAAAGCAAUCAAAGCAUUGUUAUCAUUGCAACAACAUCAGAAAAUACUUGCCACCACUUCAUUCCGAAAUAGGUCUUCGCUGUUGACAUAUUGUAGAUCAACUAUUGACUAUGCACUCAAAACACAGCAUUGCGAUGGUAGUUGGGGAGAGAUGGCCGCAAAUGAUGCAAUCGGAAAUCUCGAGGAGACAAGUUACGUUAUACGUCUGCUACAAAUGUGCACUGUUUAUUGGUCGAAAGAUGAAGCUUUGGCGUCUGCAUUAAAGAAAGGCCGUGAAUUUUUACUUAAGAAUUUCGAACAAGCAACAACUGAGAAAACAUUCUUCAAUAAUCAUCAACCUCCUUUAUGGGGCAUCUAUACGGCACCUAAAUCUAUACAAGCAUCGAUGCUAUGCGCAUUAUGGAAUUAG